CACGGGGCGGAGCAGGCCCCCGGGCAGCCAGCAGGACCAGCUAGGGGCGGUGCCAGGCCCCGGGUCCUCAGUCAAGUGACGCCGAGCGGCUGGCCCGGGCGCCGACUGCGGAGUCGCCCGAAAGGCUGGAGGAUGGACAUGCUGGGGAUUGUUCGCAUUCUCUCUCUGAUGCUGGUGUCGCUGCUGCUGGACAGUGCGCGCGGCUUGUAUAAUGCCUCCCAGAGGACAUUCGAGAUUGACUACAAACACAACCGCUUCCUUAAGGAUGGCCGGCCAUUCCGCUACAUCUCAGGCAGCAUUCACUACUUCCGUGUACCCCGCUUCUACUGGAAGGACCGGCUACUGAAGAUGAAGAUGGCUGGCCUCAAUGCCAUCCAGAUAUACGUGCCCUGGAACUUUCACGAGCCCCAGCCAGGACAGUACCAGUUUUCUGAGGACCAUGAUGUGGAGCAUUUUAUUCAGCUAGCACAUGAGCUGAGCUUGCUGGUCAUCCUGAGGCCCGGACCCUACAUCUGUGCGGAGUGGGAGAUGGGAGGAUUACCUGCUUGGCUAUUACAGAAUGAAAGUAUUGUUCUCCGUUCUUCUGACCCAGAUUACCUUGCAGUUGUGGACAAGUGGUUGGGAGUCAUUCUGCCCAAGAUGAAACGUCUCCUCUAUCAGAAUGGAGGGCCGAUUAUAACAGUGCAGGUUGAAAAUGAAUAUGGCAGCUACUUCACCUGUGAUUAUGACUACCUGCGUUUCCUGCAGAAGCGCUUCCGCUACCACCUGGGUAAUGACGUGAUUCUCUUCACCACCGAUGGGGCACAGCAGAAGAUGCUGCAGUGUGGGACACUGCAGGGGCUCUAUGCCACAGUGGACUUUGGACCAGGUGCCAACAUCACAAAUGCUUUCCUAAUCCAGAGGAAGUAUGAACCCAAAGGACCCUUGAUCAAUUCUGAAUUCUAUACUGGCUGGUUAGACCAUUGGGGCCAACCUCACUCAACAGUCACGAUUGAAGCGGUAGUGUCCUCUCUCCAUGAUAUUCUUGCCCGUGGGGCGAAUGUGAACUUGUACAUGUUUAUAGGUGGAACCAAUUUUGCCUAUUGGAACGGGGCCAACAUGCCCUACCAAGCACAGCCCACCAGUUACGACUAUGAUGCUCCCUUGAGCGAGGCAGGGGACCUCACCCAGAAGUAUUUUGCUGUGCGAGACGUUAUUCAGAAGUUUCAAAAAGUACCAGAAGGUCCUAUCCCUCCAUCCACACCAAAGUUUGCAUAUGGAAAAGUUCCUCUGAAAAAGUUAAAGACUGUGGAGGAAUCUCUGAACAUUCUGUGUCCCACUGGGCCUAUAAAAAGCCUUUAUCCCUUGACAUUUAUCCAGGUGAAACAGUAUUUUGGGUUUGUGCUGUACCGAACAACACUUCCUCAAGACUGCAGCAACCCAACCCCCCUGUCUUCAUCCCUCAGUGGAGUCCACGACCGGGCCUAUGUCUCUGUGGAUGGGGUCCCGCAGGGAAUUCUUGACCGAAGCAGUGUGAUCACUCUGAACAUAACAGGGAAAGCGGGAGCCACACUGGACCUUCUGGUGGAGAACAUGGGGCGCGUGAACUAUGGUGAUUAUAUCAAUGAUUAUAAGGGUCUGAUUUCUAACCUGACCCUCAACUCCAGUGUCUUGACGGACUGGAUGAUCUUCCCGCUGGACACUGAGAACGCAGUGCGCCACCUGGGGGGAUGGCAUGGCAAUAAGAGCAGGUGCUACGGUAAAGCCUGUGCCUACGACUCAUCUAACUACACACUCCCGGCCUUUUAUGUGGGGAACUUCUCCAUUCCCAGUGAGAUUCCAGACUUGCCACAGGACACCUUUAUCACGUUUCCUGGAUGGACCAAGGGUCAGGUGUGGAUUAAUGGCUUUAACCUUGGUCGCUAUUGGCCAGCACGGGGCCCCCAGAUGACGUUAUUUGUGCCACAGCAUAUCCUGGUGACAUCGGCCCCAAACACCAUCAUAGCGCUGGAACUGGAACGUGCACCCUGCAGUGACAAUUACCCGAAACUGUGCACUGUGGAGUUCGUGGACAAGCCAGUUAUCAGUGCAGCUGUGACCUACAGUCAUCCCCUUCGAGACGUGUAUAAUCAACACUCAGGACUGGACCACGUAUGACAACUAAAGCCUAUGACCCUUUGGAGUUCUAGCCUUUCACAUACCUCACGUACCCUCUGGCAGCAGCACCGUUCACUGGAGCGUUCGGUUAGAAAAUAGAUUUCGCUUGUGUAUUUUCACCUGAGGUUUCCCUGCAGCCUUGCGAUGCCUGAGCCAAGCCAAGGGCCGCGUGUGAUGAGGGCGGUAGCAGAGGAGGGGACAGGUGUCCCUGAAGAGUUGGAACAGAGGCUUUCGAGGUGUCUCUAAUUUUCAUUUUGGAAAAAUCAUGUUGUCUUUUUGUUAAAUAAAAUUUGCACUUAUGACGUUACUGUU